CUAUACCCUUUAAAGCUGUCAUGGAGAGACGAGUGAACAUGGAUGUCGCGCCAACUCCUUGCUAGCAGCGCGUCAAUAGAAUCAUUUCGAUCUAUAUACGCAUCAUUUCGGCGACUCAAAUUGCAAUGGAAAGGCCAAUCUUGCAUGGGCUGUCCUUCGCAUGGACGAUUAUCAGGCAAUCGCAGUUCGCACAGCCAGAGCGGAGUCGCUGCGACACAAGAGCACGUUCCAGUGGGAGAUGAUGGCGAUGGCCGUCUGGUCUCGACACACCUCGAGGCCAGCCUGCUGCUCCGGCAACUGCACGAGAGCAUCCCGCCGCUCCCAACCACCGACACAUGGGCGCGGGUUCGCAGGCGGCUGCAGCAAGCCGGUCUAGCGGGCGCAACAGAUGCCGCCGUCAUACGUAAGCCCCGACCGGCGCCAGGCACUCCCGCUGCCGGUAACCCCGGGGCACAGCAGCAGCCGGGCCAGGCGCUGGCGGAGGCCGGAGGUGGCCGGCGGCCCCGACAUGAGUCCGACGGCGAUGUGAUUGUGGGCGCCGUGACCUCGCUUCUGUCGCGCGGCGGCGCCCUCGCGACACCCAUGGACGAGCCACCUGUCGCUGCGGUGGCCGCUUCUGUAGCAGGGAGCGGCGCCAGGCGGCGAGACAGCGGCAGCGCGCCUGCCGGCACCAGCCCCAGCAGCCUCAGCCCCAGCGCCAGCAUCAGGCGGGACCGGGAGCUGCGCGAGUGGGCGCGCUACAGCCUGCCUGAGCUGCUACUGCUGCUGGCUCGGCUGCGGCUGCCCAGCCCGCCCAAGCUGGAGGUGGCGCUCACGCUGUGCCUCCGCCGCGGCCGCCUGCCCUCGCCGCCGCCAGACGCCUGGCAGCACCUGGCGGCGGCCGCAGGCAUGAGCCGAGGCACGGCGCGGCGGCGCGGCGGCGGGCGCUUCGAGCUGACGGCGGCGCCGCCGCCGCCGCCGGCGUUCCGGCUGGCGGCGGCAAUGGCGGCGCUGCGUGUGAGCAGCCACGAGGCCUGGCAGGUGCUGGCGGAGCGGCACCUGCUCAUGGCGGCGGCGUCGCCGGCGGCAUCCGGGGGCGACGGCGAAGGUGGCGGCAUGGCGGUGUACGGAGCCUGUGAGGCGCUGACGGGCUUGCCUGAUGGGACGGGCGGUGGCGGCGGCGGCGUGAUACGGCCGCUGGUGGCACCGCCACCGGCUUGGGCGCCUCCGCCGCCUGCGCCCGUGCUUGACUACUUGACAGGCGACCAGCUUGCAUACCUGGCGGCGUCCUUUGCGACGGCCGGCGGCAGCGGCGGUGGUGGCGGCGGUGGCAGCGGUGGCGGUGGAGGGGCAGGUAGCGGUGGCGGGGGCGCGGGCGGCUGCUACCACCCAGUGGAGCUGUUCAGCGCGAUCUCCCACCGGCUGCUGCCCGCCGUGCCGCGGCUGCAGUCCGGCGCACUGGUCCGCGCGCUGCACGCCUUCGCCGCCGCCCGCCACCACGACCCCCGACUGCUGGCGGCGCUGGCGGCGGAGGUGCGCCGCCGCGCCGCCGCCGGCGGACACCACGCCGGCGUCGCAGCGGAGGAGGAGGGCGAGGGCGAGGCGGACGGCGGCGGCGACAUGGCGGCGGGCGCGUAUGACGUUGGGGGAGGCUCAGAGCGGGCAGCGGGUGCCUGGGCCUCACCCGGCAGCGGGCGCAGUGGGAGCAGUAACAGCAGCAGAAGUGGCAGAAGCAGCACCGGCACGAGCAAGAGUGGCGGCCUGCUAGCGAGCUUGUUUGGUGGCGGCCGUAGCGGUGACAGUGGCAGUAGCAGCGGCGGCGGCCGGGCAGACCGGCUGCACGUGGCGGCGUCGUGGCUGCAGCUGCAGGACCUGUCGCGGCUGGGGGAGGCGGCGGCGGCGCUGUGGGCACAGCCGCCGCACGGCCGCCUGGGGGCUGUGACCGGGGGCUUGGGCGGCGGCGGUGGCGGUGGGGCUGAGGGCGGGCUGGGUGAGGAGCUUAUGGCAGUGGUGGUGGUGGGUGCUGAGGCGGUGGUGGCGCGGCGACUGGCGCCCCUGCACCGCCGCCUACAGCUGCAGCAGCAGCAGCAGCAGCGCCCGCGGCAGCCGGCGGUGCAGGGCGAGGCGGGCGGUGCUGCUGCCGCCGCCGCUCCUCCCGCCGCCGCCUCCGGCACCGCUGUUCCGCUGACUGUGCCCCAGCUGAGCGAGGCGCUGGCGCCGGCGCUGACACUGCUGGGGGCGCUGGUGGCGGCGGCGGGAGCAGGCGGCGGCAGCGGGGGCAGCGCCACAGCUGCAGCGGCGGCUCGCGCUGCCGCCGCCAUUUCGUCUAGGCAUGUCCUGCCGUUGCUGUCUGCCGCUACGGCCGCUACUACUAGCGAUGGCGCUGACGCUGCUGGUGCUGGGGACGGUGCCGGCGCGCUGGCCGCCGCCUGUGGCUGCCUGACGCCGCCGCAGCUGCUGACACUGCUGGCGGCGCUCCUGCCCGGGGCGGCAGGCUCGGGCGUACUGCGCGGCGCACAGCACCCCUACCCCCUGCCGCCGGCCUUCUCCAGGAACCCCGCCACCGUCAGCGCAGGCGGUGGUGGCGGCGGCAGCGGCGGCUCCCGCGGGGCGCUGGCGGGCCGGGUGCUGGCAGUGGUGGGCGCACUGCGGCGCGCCGCCGACCCCUGCACCGUCCGCGGCGCCGCGCAGGUGCUGGCGGCCUGGCACCUGCUGGCGGCGGCGCGGCUGGCGGCGGCGGCGGCGGCGGUGCCCUCGCCAGGGGCAGGCGGUGACCGCGCCGGCGGCGGCGAGGACGGCGACGAUGUCGUUGAGGUGCUGCGUGCGGCGGCGGCGGAGCUCCUGCCGUCGUUGGCGGCGUGUGCGGUGGCGGUGGGCGGCCAGCACCCCGCACUGCUGGGCAGCGGCUGGGAGGCGGCGCGGCUGGUGGUGGGCUGUGCGGUGCUGGGGGCGUACGACUCCGCGGCACUGGACGCGGCGGCGGCGGCGCUGGUGGCGGCGCUGAAGGGCGGCAGUGGCAGCGGCGGAGGCGGUGCGGCAGGGGUGGCGGGGGCGGGCGGCAUGCUCGGCCUGCCGGCGGCGGCAAUCGGGCAGCUGUCGUGGGCGGUGGGGCACCUGGGGUACGGCAAUGAGCAGCUGCUGGCGGCGCUGCAGGCCCAGGCACUUGCCCGCAGCGCCCCCCCGCUGGCUGUGAGCGCCACCGAGGACGUCCUGUUCCGCCGCGCCGCCGCCCGACCCCCGCCGCCGCCCCUGCUGACACUGCACGGCCAGGCCGGGGGCCCGGGGACAGCAGCAGCGGCCGCUGCGGCAGGCGCAGCCGCCCCAUCUGCAGCAGCAGCUGCUGCUGCUGCCACCGGAGGCAGUGGCAGUAGCAGCGGUGUGGGUGUGGGGCCGCUGCUGGGACCUCUGGAUCUGGCGGACGUGGUGUGGGGGUCGGCGGUGAACGGCUUCAGGAGCAACGGCGGCGCCGAGCUGCGGGAGCUCUACCUGCGGGCUGCCUCCGGCGGUGUGGUGUCCAUUGACGACGGCCGCUGGCUGCGUCUGGCGCAGAGCCACGUGCUGCUGCUGCUGGGCGCGGCGGGCGGGCUGGGCGAGGCGGCGGCGGCCAGCCUGCACAGCGCCUGGUUCAACGCGCUGGGGUACGCCUGGGAGCACCAGGCGGUGCGGCCCGGCGGCGAGCUGGCCGGCCCCAGCGGCACCCCGCCCCACCCGCACGCCGCCGCCUGGAGGGCGCAGGUGGCGGCGGCGGCGGCACAGCUGCUGGCGGCAGCAGCCGACACAGCGGCCGGGGCGGGCGCUGAUGUGGGGGCCCGCGGGGGCAGUGACCAGGCGCCGCCAGGGCGCGCCAGCCGACAGCGGCGGAAGCAAGGUGACCCGGGUCAGGCAGAGCCGCAGCCGCAGCAGCAGCAGCAGCCGCACCAGGACGGGCGAGGGCUGCGGGCGGAGGAGGUGGCGGCGCUGCUGGAGGUGGCGGCCGCCAACUGGCGCCUGCAGCCGCAGCCGCGGGCGGUGCGGAUGCUGCCGCCCUCGGCCGACAUGCGCCUCACAGUGCCGCUCACAGCCACUUGCAACACCAGCAGCAGUGGCAGUGGCAGUGGCAGUGGGGGGUCCGGCGGUGGCGGCAAGCACGGCUGGGGCUGGGGCGGCAGUAGCAGUGGCAGUGGCAGUGGCAGUAGCGGCGCCGUGGUGACGGGUCUGGGGGCCGACCAGCUACUGCUGGCUCUAGAUAUGGUGUUUAAACACGAUGAGGCGAUCACCACUGCUACAGCCACCUCGGCGGCAGCAGCAGCAGCAGCAGCAGCAGCGGCUAAAUCUACAGCCAGCACCGCCUCGAGCUCCGGAAACGCUUCUAACACGACGUCGGGCGGGGCCAGGAGCGGUGCUGCAGCCACUGCCGGCAGGGGCCCCCACGGCUGUCCGACCACCCACACGAGCCUGGGUGCGGACACGGCGCUGGAGCCCCCGCCCCAGCUACAGCCGCGGCUGCUGGGACAUGCGCUGUGGCGGCGUGCGGUGCUGCGGCAGCUGGGGGCGCUGGUGCGGCCGCUGCGGCAGGCGGAGUGGGAGGCGGCGGCAGGGGACCCGCAUGCGCAGCGGGCGCUGCUGGCGCGGGUGCUGCGCCGGCCUUAGGGCUGAAGGGCUGCAAACCGUAUGGUGCCAGUGAGGCAGUGACAUCGUGACUUGGGUGAUGUGCGCACUGGGCAGUCAGGGCAGUGCUAGUGCCAGUGACCAAUCGUGUGGGGCAGGUCGAGGGAAGGCGGACAGCGUCGUGCACACGUGAUGCGCGAGGAUGGGAUACACUGCACCGUGCCGGCCCGCCAGUGGUGCGUGGGAACCGCAUUGUAGCAUGCGUGAAGCUCGAUAUGAGGUCACAGGUCACAGCCAACGUCCAGCUGCUGAAGAAAACGGCGCAUGCCAUUCGGUACAGGGGUCUUAAAGAACCCGCAGG